AAAAAAUCGGAAGGUGAAAUUAUCGGACAAUAUAUAAACUAACGGCUAGAAAUAAAUUUUGUCAACUUUAAGUGAUAUAUAGAUAUAAAAUACAAUUCGGAGGGAAAAAUUCAGACAGGAAUCAAAAACAAAAGAAAAGCAAGAAUUUUAAGAGUAUAAUAAUAAUAGUUGUAACAGGUUUAUCACAUCUGAAGAACUAGAGAAGAAUUAAAAAUGGGAGCUCUAUGGACAAAAUUAGCAGAUAUUUAUUCCGAGUUUAAAAAUGACCCGGCAAGAAUUUUGAUGGUUGGUUUGGACGCUGCAGGAAAAACGACAAUAUUGUAUAAAAUGAAGUUGAAUGAAAACGUAAUGACGAUACCUACAAUAGGUUUUAACGUAGAAACAGUCAGUCCUGUUAAAGGUGUUAGUUUUACUAUGUGGGAUGUCGGAGGUCAGGAUAAGAUACGCCCACUGUGGAGACACUAUUUCCAAAAUUCCGAUGGAUUAUUGUAUGUAGUGGACAGUGCUGAUAGAGAACGACUCCAGGAAUCUCGAGAAGAACUGACGGCAGUUUGUGCCAGUGACGAGAUGCGAGGAGUGCCAAUAGUGGUACUAGCUAACAAACAAGAUCUACCAGGUUCUAUGAGUGUUGGUGAUAUUAUAACAGGUUUAAACUUGAGGACAUUCACUGACAGGAAGUGGUACGUUCAGGGAACAUGUGCUGUAUCAGGGGAUGGUAUUUUUGAAGGAAUGAAAGAACUGGCAAAAUUAGUCAAAGAAUACAAGAAGAUCAGGAAGUUAACGUAACCUUAUGUGAUUCGGAAUAGAUGGUGAUGUAAAUUGUUGAAACGUUGUCAGCAGUGUAAAUUUUUGAAGAGUUGUGUAAUAGAAAACUUUUAUAGACGAUGAAGAUAAUGUAAAUUGUUGAAACGUCGUUUGCGGUGUGUCGCAUUUUUUACAGUGUAACUGUUUGAAAAAAUGUGCAUAAAGAAAUUUGUAACUUUACAUUUAACCACUGAUUCAUUACGAGAUGUGGUGUUUCAUAUCCAUCAACCAGGGUUUACGGUAUCACAUUUUUUAAGUGCAAAUUUUUUAGAAGUUUUGUCACGGAAAAUCGUCCCAAUGGCAUAACAAUACUUUACCAGAACAGCGCCCCCUUUCUCUCCCCUACAAGAGAUAGCGAGUGGUGGGGUUGGAUUAAAAUUCAAUUUGUUUUGUAUCUAAUGUUCUAGGUUGUUUAACAUUACACCAAUCAAUGUCCAGUUCAAUCAAAUAUUUUUUAUGUG